AUGACGACGAAGAUGUCCGAACUUCCAAAGGAGUUGUUGGAGUAUAUACUCGCUAGGGCUCCAGUGCAAUCUAUGAGAUCAGUAAGAUUGACUUGCAAACAAUGGAACACUUUAUCCGAAGAAGAAAGCUUUACAAAGAAGCACCUCGUUCGAGUGAAAGCUGAUAGGGAGUUUAUGGUGGCCAUAGCGAUGGAUUUUAAGGUUUGUUUGAUGAGCAUCAAUCUCCAUGGAAUUCACAAGGAAAGAAAGGUUAAAUCAUCUAUGUGUAAAGGUAAACUUAUUAACCUUAUGGAUGCGUUUGAAGUCUAUCAUUGCGGUGGUUUAUUGGCAUCCAUCACAAAAGACUUCACUAGGUUUGUGGUUUGGAAUCCAUAUUGGGGGCAAAGUCGUUGGAUCGAACCUAGAACUCGUCACAUAAAUAUGUAUGCUAUUGGAUAUGAGACGAGAAAAUCGUGCCGCAGCUACAAACUUUUGAGUUGUAUGGAUUCUACUAUUGCUGAUAACUGUGUUGAGUACGAAGUCUAUGAGUUAGACUCUAAUUCAUGGAGGGUUCUUAAUGUCGCUUCUGAUUGGGCGACAGAUGUUUAUACAUACGGUGGUGUCUCUGUGAAUGGAAAUACUUAUUGGUACACUCCAGAAGGAAGAAUGGAUGAAUACGUGAUUUGCUUUGAUUUUACAACAGAGAGAUUUGGACCGGCUCUGCCACUGCCGUUUCGCUCUCGUCGUACCGAUCUUGUGGUUCUCUCUAGUGUUAGAGAAGAACAACUUGCGGUGUUAUUUGUGCACUGGUAUAUAUUUAAGAUGGAGAUAUGGAUUACUAACACGAUUGAACCCAAUGAUGUGUCGUGGAGAAAGGUGCUCGUACCAGUGGACAUGGAACCAUUCAUUGAUCUUAUGUCUCAACCUAUUCAACGUUGGAGUUUCUUCGUUGACGAGGAGAUAAAAGCCGCUGUGCUUUUUGAUACAGACAAAGAGAAGCUAAAAACAUUCCGCAACAGAGCUUACAUCAUUGGAGAGAAUGGCUACUUCAGAAGUGUAGAUCUCGGAGAAUCUGCAGGCAGAUAUUGUUUACCGCUUGGGUGCUCUUAUGUUCCAAGUUCAGUGCAAAUCAAGCAACUUUCGAAAGGCAAAAGCAGUUAG